AUGGCUGGUUUGCUGAAGAACUUUGUCGGUGGCAUUAUCAAUGCUGCCUCGGCCAACAUCAACCCAUACAAGGUUCAAGCCAGCAAUGCUGAUACAUACAGGAGUGCGCGUCACUGUACCAUCAUUGGUAUAUUUGGUAUAUCUACAGGCUUAGGAAAAGGUGGAGGGGUUGGAUAUAGAUGGGAUGGACUUCAAGUGAUAAAUCGUGAGGAAUGGCUGUUCCUGUACAAGCGGCCAGGAUGCUUUCUGAGAGUGUGUCCUGAUGAUGACAGUCACGAGCAAGUGCUACAGUUCAACAUCCUGGCCCCGAAGAUGGUGUGCCUUGUUAGCAGCAGCAGCAGCCUGAACCAGGAGGACGUGUUGCAGCGGGUGAGCGACUGCAUCCGCGAACACCCCACCUGGACCGCGUGCCACAUCGCCGCCUACACCGGCCUCUACGAGUGCUUCAGACAUGAAAUUAUCAGAAGUGCGAUCAACACGGUGUGUAGUGCAACAGGAUUGUCUCCCCUGAUGACCAGCGUGCAGGGCAAGCAGAUGCAGUGUUUACAGGAGCUGCUGAUGUUGGGAGCCAGGAUCGAUGUCAGCGACAAGUAUGGCCUCACCGUGUACCACCACGCUGUCCUCAACUUCCCAUCAUGCCUCUCAAUGGUGGCCAGUCAUGACAAGGAGGGAGUCGUGAACUGGCUAGACGGCCGAGGAGAGACGCCAUUGUUGAUGGCAUGUAAGAAGAAACUACCAGAGGCGACAGAGAUGUUGCUGCACGUCGGUGCUGACCCCAAGAUAUCGGCCACUUCCUGUUUGCCUGUGCACGCAGCUGUUGAUGCUGGUGAUGUCAGGUCACUGGAGCUGAUCUGUCGGUCCCAUCCUGACCAGCUGGGCCCCCGGGAUCACAAGUAUGGGGGUACCCCACUACACUGGGCAAAGUCAAAGGAGGUGAUAGAGUUCCUGGCGCAUGCUGGAUGUGACAUGAACUCCAUGAGCAACACGCAGGAUAGUGCGCUACACGUGAUGAUCUUCACCCAGCGUCUGGACUGUCUCAUGACAAUGUUGUGCUACGGCGCAGACUGCAACAUGGCCGACAAGAAUGCAGAGACGCCUCUACACUGGGCAGUGCAGCAAGAUGAUAUUGAGUUUGUUCGGACGUUCGUUGUGUUUGGAGCCAGUGUUAACUUGAGGAACAAGAACCGGCACACAGCUCGACAUCUGGCAGCCGUGUCUAAAGGAAAGAAUAAGGAUCUCAUCCUGUACUUCCUGCAUGUGUCGGGGGGCAAGCGUUGUGGCGUGGACGUCAAGGGCUGUCUUGCUGGCUGUGUACCCGAGGGCACCCACAAUGGCAUCCCCGACCCGGUCAUGAGGGGUCUUCUGAGAGUGGAUAGCGUAGCUCUGUUUGAUGAGAUGUUGUCUCGCACAUCGCGCGGGUCGGUGUUAGACAUGGUGGAUGCUCCUUCCCAUAUCGGAGAUCGGGUGUUGUGUCUGGAUGGGGGAGGUAUCCGUGGCUUGGUGCUCAUACAAAUGCUGAUGGAGAUCGAGGCUGCCUCAGGACGACCAAUCAAAGACUGCUUUGACUGGAUUGGUGGGACCAGCACUGGUGGUAUUCUUGCUCUCGGCAUUGCCAGGGGGUUUUCCCUCCAGUAUCUGAAAGGUGUGUAUUUCCGCUUGAAAGAUGAAGUUUUUAAGGGCAGACGACCUUACUCAUCAGAGCCGUUUGAGGCCAUGUUGAAGAGAGAGUUUGGCGAGACACCUGUGAUGACUGACAUAGUACAUCCAAAAGUGCUGGUGACGGCUGUCCUGGCAGACCGCAACCCUGCAGAGCUGCACAUGUUCCGCACCUACAGGAAGUUCCUGAAGACCCCCCACAGAGACGACAAGGACGUGAAACUGGUGGAGGUUCAAGAACCUGAGAAACAGCCAAUAUGGCUGGCAGCACUAGUGGGAGCAGCACCCACCUACUUCAGGGCGUACGGCAAGUUCCUGGACGGCGGGCUCAUUUCCAACAACCCCACCCUAGACAUACUGACAGAGAUCCAUGAAUACAACCUGGGACUUAAACAAAAUAAUGAAGGUCACAAAGUGCGGCCACUGGGAUGCGUGGUGUCACUGGGUACAGGGCGGGUCCCGCAGAAUGUGGUACAGAAUGUUGACGUCUUCAGACCCGAAGGACUGUUUGAUGCUGCAAAAGCUGUUAUGGGUGUCUCUUCGCUUGGUAAUCUCGUAAUUGACCAGGCUACUGUAUCGGAGGGGAGACCUGUGGACCGAGCCCGUGCAUGGUGCAGCAUGAUCAACGUCCCUUUCUACCGCUACAGCCCACAACUCUCGGAAAAUGUAGCUCUUGAUUGCCAUGACAACUCCAAACUAAUCAACAUGAUGUGGGAAUCUCACUGUUACAUGGUUGCCAACCGACACAGGAUUGAAGAACUCGCCACCAUGCUUAAUGUGUAAACUGAUAUGUGCUUAAACACUUUGAAAUACUGCUACUAUUCUGAAUAUGAAUUCCAUUUAAACUGUCAGACACUGAAAACUCUUGGUGUGUCACGUUGUGUUUAGGUAUACACACCUAAGGAGAUAUUUUGGAGGAUUGGGAUACAUUGUUUAGGACCUGUUUAUCCUAAUCCACAGAUUUCAAAGAUAUGCUGUAUGACCUAAUGUGAUGCAUGUCAUCGUAUCCCAGUUGGGUAGAUUGAUGCUCAUGCUGUUGAUAACUGGAUUGUCUGGUCCAGACACGAUUAUAUACAGACCGCCGCCAUAUAGCUGGAAUAUUGCUGAGUGCAGUGUUUCACACCAAAUCAACCUAAUGUGAUCCUUAUGGAAAAAACAACAUUGAUAAAUGUUCUUGGUUUUCGCUAUUGUGAACAUUAGUAGGUACCAUUUUAUAAACAUUUAAUGUGUAAGAUGUGUCAAAAAUGUUUCUAUGGUUACCAGUAUAAAGCAUGACCCACCCAACCUCAGUCCAUCUGUGCCAACUGUACCAGAUAAUCGGAUGUUGUAAAUUUUCUAUUUCCAAUUAUGGAAUAUACAUUAUUCGUUGUUUGUGUUUUUCUACUUGUGUAAUUUUCUGGUUCUAACAGGUUAUAUUGCUGACAGCAAUGGACCUAUGAAAUACUAAAAGGUUGAAAUGUUACAGGGGAAUUUGUGAACGCGUC